AUGGCCGAUACGGGGACUCUGUCGCCUCUUUAUGACGACGAUAAACAGUUCUCUCAACAUGGCUCUAUCGAGAAGAAGUUGGACGACAUCGAUGUCACUAUCGACGAUGAGCAGAAGCUGAAGGAGGUCGAGGAAUUCAAGGAACGCAUCGAUAACGACGAGGCUACUGAAGACGAGUAUCGGGUUGAGGAAGCUUACGAGGUUGCGAUUAAGGUCCUGUCCACGAGGGAUGAUCCCGAACUUCCAUCUAUCACCUUCCGGAGCGUCCUGCUUGGUCUUGGGUUUUCCGCGUUCGGAGCCGUACUGGCGCAAAUAUACUAUUUCAAACCUCAGACGUUGAGCGUCUCGAGAUUACUCUUGCUUAUUCUCACCUAUUGGUUUGGAAGUGGCAUGCAUCUGUUCCUUCCUUCGAGAGGGACAUUCAAGUAUCUCAACCCUGGACCAUUUAAUAUCAAGGAACACGUCGCCAUUCUCAUCAUGUCCUCAACUGCUGCCACUUCUGCGACGGCAAUUCAGGUCAUCUCUGUGCAAAUGUUGUAUUAUGACAACAACAUGAAUGCCGGAAUCGCGAUAUUCACUCUAAUAUCCUCUCAGCUCAUUGGCUACGGUUUUGCGGGAGUAUUGCAGGAUGUACUCGUAUACCCAUCGAAAUGUUUCUGGCCCGCGAAUAUCUACAUUGCCAACCUCCUACAGGCACUGCACUAUGACAAGCAGAUGACGUCGAAACGCGUGCGAUUGUUCUGGGUACUGUUUGCAAUCAUGUUCUGCUGGGAAAUUGUCCCUGAAUGGAUCUUCCCACUUCUCACUGGAGUCUCGAUCUUCUGUUUGGCAGACAACAACAGUGUCGCUUUCCGAAACAUCUUCGGGGGUGCCAGCAACAACGAGGGCAUGGGCUUGCUUGCUGUAUGCUUCGACUGGAACUACGUCACCAGUAGUUCCAUGUGGUUGCCACUUAUGUACCAGCUCAACAUGGAUAUCGGGGUUUGCUUGACCUAUAUACUUAUGGCUACGGUUUACUACGGCAACCUAUGGAAGGCACAGUCAUUCCCGUGGAUGAGCCAAGCGCUUUUCAAUAGCACUGGAAGCCAGUACAACCAGACUGCCCUGCUUACCAAUGGCAAGUUCGACCCUGUCAAGUACGCAGAACUCGGUCCCGCCUACUAUUCCGUCACCUACGCCCUGUCCCUUAUUACGUCUAAUCUGUCUCUUGCUGCGAUGGUUACACACGUCGGCCUUUACCACUGGGAUGACCUCAAACCCUUCAUUCUCUCGCUCAACCCUUGGAACAGGCAGAGCUUCGCCAUCCACGAUGCUCAUCACGAGAAGAUGAAGGCAUACAAACAAAUUCCGCGUUGGUGGUACGUCUUCGUGCUGUUAGCUGCGUACGGUAUGGCACAAGCAACGAAUUACACCGGCCGCUCCCAAUUGCCGUGGUGGCUGCUCACCGUGAUUUUGAUCAUCGGGUUCCUCUUCACUGUACUCUCUGCGACCUUGAGCGCUACGAUUGGAUUCUCCAUUACCCCUACUGGCUUCUUCGAGAUGAUCACCGGCUACAUGAGACCAGGCUAUGCGGGUGUGAGCUUCUUGCAAGAUCUGAAGCUUGGUGUGUAUGCCAAACUUCCACCCCGUUCCACAUUUGCAAUGCAAAUUUCUGGAACUAUUGUCGGAGCCCUCUUGAACUAUGUCAUGAUGUUAUCAAUCAUCAAUGCGCAGAGACCGGCGCUGCUCUCAAUAUCUGGCACUCGCUUGUGGUCGGGUCAGAACGCCCAGGCGUAUAACUCGAAUGCCAUCUCUUGGGGCGCCCUCGGUUCAGAAAUGUUCGGGUCCAGUGGAACCUACCAUAUGGUACCCAUUGCGCUGGCCAUCGGUCUAUUCCUUCCUGUUCCUUUUUACAUCGCUCACCGCAUUUGGCCCAAAGCCGGCUUCCAGCACAUCAACACGUCCAUCAUCCUCGGUUACUCCGACUAUUUGUAUGUCGGCAUCAACACUCAAGUCAACACUUCGAUGGCUGUCGGGAUCUUCUCCCAAUGGUGGGUGCGCAAGCACUAUCCGCGCUGGUUCACGAAAUACAACUACAUCGUUGCUGCGGCUCUGGAUGGUGGGACUCAAGUCAUCAUGUUCAUCCUGAACUUCGCCUUGUUCGGUGCAGCAGGUACUGCCCACCCCUUCCCUGAAUGGUGGGGCAAUGACUACAGCUUGUCUGCGGAUAGAUGUGUCUUCCCUAACCAGUAG